AUGCCCGAGUCUUUAAUCUUCCCGCUCGAGUCCAGCAGCCUUGCAGAUAAAAUGGAUAUCGACGAUAUCGCCAGCAUAUCCACACUUUCUAGUCCUCCUUUAUCUCCCUCCCUCCCGGCAUCGCCUAUCAACGAGGAGGUGAUGGAUGAUCCCGAAGUACUAGAGCCUAAGCCAUUACUACCUGAGCUACUACAACCUCCUAGAAUUCUGUUCCGAGAGCUUAUAGGCAGCCUCGCGAAGAGAAAGGGUAACCCCAUGAAUAAGUUAACACGGUACGCACGGGUUCUUUCGGACAAAUACCAAGACUUGGAAGGUAAAUACCACGACUUGGAAGACAAAUACCACGACUUGCAAGAGACCACUGCUGACCUUAAGAGAGGAAUAUAUGGAGGAGAAGAGCACAAAUUGAUACUGGACCUACAAACUCUGCGACUCUUCAUACGCUAUGAGCACGGGCCAUUGGAAGAAUUGGAGCACCCGUGGUUAACAUUUCCUGUUCCUCACGCAUCGGGCCACGGCAUGGGAAUGGUAUACCGUGUCACAGACAGCAUAUCCAGGUCACCCUUGAGAGACGAGGGGUUCUUCUCGGACGUUUGGGAUUGCGAUUUAUACAGCUUCAAGGGCCGGAAGUCCAGUCUAGAGGACCAUGUCCACUGGUCGCGAGCAAAACUGACCCCUUUCAUCUCCUGCACAACUUCGUUUGAAGAAGUUAUUCGCCGCAUCCAAGUAUUGCUGGAGAGGGACUCCAAGACAAGAGCCGAGGAUCGCGAGGCACCUCCGUGCAGCGUGGUGUUGCACUGUAUAGACGCAACACUCUGCCAUAAGCUUGGAUGGCCCAUUAUCAACAUGAAACGGGAGAUUGAAAACUACGAGAUUGAAAUCCCCGAGCACAAGGUGCUUGAGGAUUACGAUGAGGAAUACAUCUUCCCUCUCCAGAUUUCGGCUCGGAUGGUUGUUGGCUCAUGGAAUCACGAGGCGAUUAAAUCCUAUAUGGAUGUCAACGAGUGUGACAUCAAAAAAUGGCAUGAUGAUGUUGCGAUUCCUGCCUUCGAGAAGCAUGAAUACCAUGAUAGCGAUAGUGAUAGAGCGGAGAGUUAUGAGCCAGAACAGUAA